AUGGCAUCCAAUAUAAUUGUGGAACAACAAUUUUCUCACAAAUUUACAGUGACAGUAAUUCGAGCUGAGAGUGUGACCAAAGGAGCACUUGGGGACUUGUUGGACACACCAGAUCCAUAUGUGGAGCUGUUCAUUCCGACAGCCCCAGAAAGCAGAAAGAAGACCAAGCACAUUGACAACAAUAUCAAUCCGAGAUGGAACGAGACAUUUAAUUUCAUAGUAGACCCCAACCUGCAGAACGUCCUAGAGGUUACAUUAAUGGACGCCAAUUAUGUUAUGGAUGAAACCCUUGGGACUGCUUCCUUUGAUAUCUCCAAACUCAAAGUUGGCCACAAAAAGACGGAGACCUUCCUCAUUGGCAAAGCGACCAAGGUCUACUUAGAGAUGUUCCUGGAGAUAUGCACCAAUUUAGAUCUACGGUUUAGCCUGGCUCUGUGUGAGAACGAGAAGCGUUUCCGGCAGACUCGUAGAGAAAGAGUGAUGCUGGGCAUCAAGAAGCUACUGGACAUGGAAAAGCCUCGAGUCCUUCCCAGUUCACCAGAAGAGGUACCAGUAAUUGCAAUCUCUGGUUCAGGAGGUGGUUUUCGUGCCAUGGUCGGCUAUUCGGGUGUUAUGAAGGCCCUGUUUGAGUCUGGAGUCCUAGAUUGUACAACAUAUAUUGCCGGUCUCUCUGGAUCCACCUGGUACAUGUCCACCCUCUACUCCCACCCUGAAUUUCCAAACAAAGGCCCAGAAGAGAUCAACAAGGAACUGAUGAACAGAGUCAGUAGUAAUCCAUUACGACUUUUGCUGCCCCAACAUAUAAAAAACUACAUCCAAGCUCUUUGGAUAAAGAAGGCUUCAGGACAGCCGGUCACCUUCACUGAUAUUUUUGGUAUGCUCAUCGGAGAAACCCUUAUACCUGCGAGGAUGGACAUCAAGUUGAGUGACAUUCAGGAGAAAAUAAACCAGGCACAAAGUCCUCUUCCUCUCUUCACCUGUUUGCAUGUCAAGCCAGAUGUCUCUGAGCUCAUGUUUGCAGACUGGGUGGAGUUCAGUCCUUAUGAAAUUGGAAUGGCAAAGUACGGCACUUUUAUGACACCUGACAUGUUCGGAAGCAAAUUUUUCAUGGGAACAGUUGUCAAGAAAUAUGAAGAAAACCCUCUUCACUUCCUAAUGGGUGUGUGGGGCAGUGCCUUCUCCAUUCUUUUUAACAGAGUGCUUGGGGUAAACGAUACCGCCGGAGGCUCAACAAUGGAGGAGGAGCUAGAGCAGAUCAAACCACAACAAAUUGUUGGCGAAGACAGUAUAGACAACGAGGAUGAACCUCGCAAAGGUGGCACAGAGAACCAGGAGGCAGAGGACGAGUAUCAUCGCACUGCUCAAGCCAGCUGGGUUCAAAGGAUGUUUACUUCGCUCUUCAGUGAUUCAGUUUUAUUCAACACCAGAGAGGGCCGAGCUGGCAAGGUGCAUAACUUCAUGUUGGGACUGAACCUGAACACCAGCAUGCCUUUUUCUCCUGUCAAUGGGCUGAUCUGCUCUGCACCUACACCAGAGGAGGAGGUGGAUGCUGUUACAGACCCGGAUGAGUUUGACCGUAUCUACGAGCCUCUGGAUGUGAAGAGCAAGAAGAUCCACGUGGUGGACAGCGGCCUGACCUACAACCUCCCGUAUCCUCUCCUUCUGCGACCCCAACGUGGCGUUGAUCUUAUCAUCUCCUUUGAUUUCUCCGCACGACCGAGUGACUCCAGCCCACCUUUUAAGGAGCUCCUGUUGGCUGAAAAGUGGGCUCGGAUGAACAAGCUUCCGUUCCCGAAAAUUGAUCCAAAAGUCUUCGACCGAGAGGGCCUCAAGGAAUGCUACGUGUUCAAACCCAAAAAAGGCGAGAAGAACUGCCCAACCGUCAUCCACUUUGUCCUGGUGAAUAUCAACUUCAGGCAGUUCAAAGCGCCUGGUGUACCAAGAGAGACAGAGAAGGAGAAGGACUUUGCAGACUUUGACAUCUUUGACGACCCAGAGUCGCCAUUCUCCACGUUCAACUUCCAAUACUCUAAUGAGGCUUAUACCCGACUGCACGACCUCAUGGAGUUCAACACUCUCAACAACUUGGAGGUGAUCAAAGAUGCCAUCAAGGAUCGCAUUGUUUCUCGGAAGGAGAAUCCUUCCAACGCCACGUUGCCCUUCUCCCUCAGUGAGAUCCCCAAGAAGUUUCUCAAAAGGAAUCUUCAAGUCAAACCCUGGAAUCAAUAUGGAACCAACAAGAAGUAA